CUUUUUUAAGACACCACCAACCCAGCAGGCUUGCAAGCAUUGCUCUUUAACAGUCAACCACCAAAAUGCGAUGACAAGCGCAGAACCGCUUGUGUAUUAUCCCGCAUAUUGCUUCCAUCUAUCACCAACAAUAAACAAAUGGUGUCCUCUGCGCGCUAUCGACAUCCAUGGACUUGAAUGUCGACCUGGAUUUGAAGCCGACAAUGUUUUUUUCUCCCUUAACCACCCUAUUCGCUGGGUUCGAAUCGUUGGGGUCGUAGUUGCGAUAGACGAAUUCUAUGGCAACCGAAUCUAUACGAUUGAUGACAGCACCGGUGAAUGUAUCGAUUGCUCUAUCAAGAUCUCGAAGCCGGCCGAUGAUAAUCGCCAGAAUAGCGUAGGCUAUGGAACGAAUGCCGUAACCCCUGCUCCAGAUCCUCUUUUGGAUAUUGAUGUUGGCAUGGUCGUCGAGGCUAAGGGAAGCACGAUGAUAUUUAGAGAUCAAAAAAAGAUCAAGAUUCAGAAGCUACAGAGAGUCAGGUCGACAAAUCAAGAGGUCCAGUUUUGGAACAAGAUCCACGAAUUUCGAAACGAAGUUCUCAGCAGGCCUUGGGUGCUAGAGAGGAAAGAGGUACGCCGGUGUAAGAAACAGCACAUGGCCGAUGUGGAUGCCGAAGAGCGCAAGAAAAAGAAAAAGAGAGAGAAUGGGUACACUCUAGACAAGAGUGUCCAUAAUAACGAACUCGCGGUUAGGAAUGAACCUACAAAAAGCAAGCCUACGAAGCAAGAACCUCUGAGUAAGCCAGAAGUCAAGGAUGCCAACACCGGUGGCCAAUACGAUGCGUUGGGGUUAUAGAGGUAUACCACAUAACAUUGAGCUCUACUUGUUUUGUAGAUGGACAUGUUAUCUCUAAGCUCAUAGAAAAUGUUUCUGAUGACAGAGUGUUUGGAAAGGCUUGGCAAGUUGUUACAACUACCAUACCGCAGGUACUAGGUCUGGUAGCAAGGACUGUGAUACCCUCCUUCGAGAUUCUUUUCGCUUUUAUCAUAUCCAUAGAUACAUGUCAAUGUUGAAACAACCUUAUUAUGUAUCUUGACCAGACACUCCUUACUGUCAUCAGGAAGGUCUUAGC